GGUUUCUGUCCUCCGGACUUCGUCGGUGCGGAGUACACUGUGUUGGCCGUAUAGAGCGUGGCUGAGCUCGCUGGAAGACGUUGCGUCUGUGCUCAUAAUCCCAUGCAAUGCAUUCCUUGCUUUCGCACCUCAAGCUACCCUUCAAGCGGCGCCAAAAAGCUACCUCGGUCUUGAUCCAUAGUCGGCCACAUGAGCUUCCACUCGAGUUAAUCGAGGAGAUCCUGCAUCAUGUCUACACGGACUUGACGCGUUACGACGGCCGUCCCUCUGUGUUUCGGACCGAAUUUCGCUCACUGGUUCUCGUCUCUCAAGCAUGGUAUUCUGCAGGCAUUGCUUUGCUUUACGCCGAACCAUACCUGCCAUCCUUCCACUCCUUGAGUUCGUUCUCGCGCACUGUAUCUCGUCAACCUGCUCUGGCGAGCCAU